UGGCUAUAUAAUAACACAAAGAGCAGAUUUCAAAAUAGUUUCCUUUGCUUUACACACACACACACACACACGCACACACACACACACACACACACACACACACACACACACACACACACACACACACACACACACACACACAGCAAUCCAUCAGUCUGUCAGAGAAAACACGAGUGCAGUAAGUUUCACUUCUCUGAGACACAGGAAGUUGCAGCAGGUGAAUCAACGCAGAGAAACAAUGAAGACGCCUUAGAACUUGGUUCAUCAUUCUGCAUUAAUUCAGCUCAGUGGACCCAGGACAAUGCUUCCACCAGUGAUAGUUGUGCUGAUGCUCAUCUCUUUUACCUGUGGUGAAAAUCCUGCCAUACAAGUCACCCUGACUAACAAAGGACUUCAGUACGGAAAGAAUUUAGGUGCAGAACGCGUUCAGGAGAAGCUGGAGUUGAUCACUCUCCCUGACAUCACUGGUGAAGUCCUUGGCAUACACUACAUCCUAACAGGAAUCACCAUAACAAAGUGUGACUUUCCAGAGCCGAUUGUUGAGUUCAAUCAAGACUACACAGGAUUCACAACAUCCAUCUUAGGACUCAGUGUGGCACUGACCGGCGGGUGGAUGACACACUUUGGUAUAAUCCAUGACGGAGGAUCCUUCAACAUUGCUAUCUUUGGUGUGGAUGUGACCUCAGUGGUGGAGCUGGGGAAAACCCCUGACGGGCAUCUGUCUCUCACCAGUGUCAGCUGUGAUGCUCAGGUUGGAGAUGUGAACAUUCAAUUUCAAGGUGGAGCAAGUUGGAUCUUCCAGCCUUUUGUGGAACAUUUCAAAGGGCGGAUGCGGAGUGAAAUAAGGAGCAGUAUCUGCUCUAAUGUGGAGGAAUCCAUUGUGAAUUUGGACUACCACCUGCAGACCAUGGAAGUGUCCUUCAAUGUGGGUCAAGACUUGGGUUUUGAUGCCCAUCUGACUGACAUACCUGUCAUUAAUGAAUCAAGUAUGAUUCUGGGUCUUCAGGGAGAGUUCUACAAUAUCAGGACUCAUCAAAAGCCUCCCUUUGAGGUCUUGCCUUUCACUUUGCCUGAGCAGCCGGACUACAUGUUGUCAAUGGGCCUGUCUGACUCCACCGUGAACUCCGCCUCAUACGAACUCUACUCUGCGGGACGACUUCAGGUUCUCCUCACUGACAGCAUGAUACCUCCGUACAUCCAUACACGCCUCAACACUAGCUCAAUGGGGCCUUACAUCCCUCAGCUUCCCAAGAUGUUUCCUGGUCUUCUGAUGAAUUUGCAGGUGUAUGCCACUGAGGUGCCGAUGUUUUCCUUCCAGCCCGGGGUUGUUGUACUCGGCCUCCAGGGCGAUGUGAAGGCUGUUGCCAUCCAGCCCAAUGACACCCAGACCCCACUGUUCAAACUCCAUGUUGACUCAAACUUCAGUGGUAAAGUGUGGGUCGCUGCUGGAAUUGUGAAGGGCUCCAUGACUCUGCAGAAUUUAACACUGACGCUGGCAGCGAGUGAAGUGGGACCCUUUGAGACAGAUAAGCUGCAAGCCUUAGUGAAAUUGGGAGUGAUGGCUGGCCUCGCAAAACUGAACGUGGAACUGGGCAAAGGCCUUGUUUUACCCAGAACAAGGAACAUAGAGCUGGUCAACACCGUUCUGGGGGUGGAAGAGGGAUUUAUAGCCAUGUGUUCCGAUGCUCAGGUGUUUAAAGACAGCUUCAACUGACAUCAAACUGUCUGUUCCUCAUCCAACAUGGAUGCUCUUCAUCUCAGAUCACAUUCUUUGCUCCUGUAAACAAAAUGGAUUUGUUUACAUUUAACUUCAUAAAGCGCCAGUGUAAAUCCAAGCAUUUAAUUUACAACUAUUAACAAUUCAUAUACUAUUAACAAUGAUUUAACCUGCAGUUGAUUUCUACAAAUGCUUCAGCCUCAAACUUGAUAUUUUAUGUAUUAAAUGUAAUAUUUUGUGAUGUGCAUUCUGUUUCAUAUAUAAAACAAUAAAAAAGAUGUGGAAAGAAUAAAACAUUUUUUAUAA